AUGCUUGUUGAUGGCAUGUACCAAGGCUACUAUGUGCUCAACACCUUCAGGUUGAAGCCUGCUGAGGAAUCCCCACUCCAAAACCAGGUGACACAAUCAUCUGCCUUGUCAGCUCCUCUUAAGCGCACUCGUGCAGCAGCUUCUAGCGUCAGGACUAACAAGGCUUCCAACCAUGAGCUACAAGCUUCUCUGAGAAAAUUGGAAACCGUUGUUGCAAAUAUGACAGAGUUUGUCAUUCUACUGGGUGGAUGCAAGCAGAUGCAUAAAAGUCCCUAUGACACCUACAUCUACAUUGACAAUUUCAUGUUCAGUCGCGUCGUGGAGAAGCAGGAGCUGAUCAACGCCCUGUUGCAAGACAACUCUCCUGUAGGUGUUCCAGCUGUUGUACCAGUAAUUGGUGCAUACAGAGCCGGGAAGAAAAGCUUAGUUGGGUAUGUUUGCAAUGAUAAUAUGGUUCGCUCUCACUUCUCCUCAGGUUUGCACUUGAAAAGCAGUAACUUUCUGAAUGUAAGCCGUGAAACAUUCAUACCUGUAAGGACUUUAGUUGUUGUUGAGUUUAUUUCAGAUGUGGAUGACGGUGAAUGGGUAAAGUUUUAUUCAGAUGCAUCGUCACAGAUGGGCGCAGGAAGCAAAGUGAUCAUCGUAAGCAGGUUCCAAGAGACAGCAAGGUUUGGAACUGUAAAGCCAAUCAUCCUCAGAAGCUUGUCAGAUGCAGAGUUUUCUUACCUCUUCAAGGUACUCGCAUUCGGAGGGACAGACCCAGAGAAUCACCCACAACUUGAAUCAAUAGCUAUGGAGCUAGCCAUGACCCUGAAUGGGUUGCUCCUCGUGGGUAAUAUGCUCGCUGACAUGUUGAGGAAGAAUCAAGACGUCCAAUUCUGGUUUCAUAUAUUGAAAAGGCUCAGGAAAUCAAUAGAGCAUAAUUUUUCCAGGUUUGGUGAGCAUCCGAAACAACUUCUUGAGAGGGACCAUCCGCUUAAUAUGACAAUGCUGGUUCCGCCGCCUUCUGCUACACUUUGUGUCAUGCCAUCCCACGACGAAACUAGGUUACUGCCCAAGGUGAAGCUUGCAGACAUUGUGCAAGGUUCAACUACUAUUCUACCCAAUGAGGAGUUUCAGAUAAUUACUAAGUUUGUCACAAACUGUAUCGCUGAGGAGCGUCCUUGUACUUCCUCAGACAACAAAAGGCAUAAGUCAGCAUGUAACAGUACUAGUUGA